UGCGUGAUCAAGCGUGGUCUUCAAUGGAUGCCGGGCAGGAGCUGGAGAGCAGCUGUUGUCCCCCAGCGGAGCGAGGAGGUGACCAGAUGGACAGGGGGGCAUGGAGUUGAACCGGCUGCUGGUCUUUGUUGUAUUCCUGUUCCAGAUGAGACUCUCGGGGAUGUGGCCCACGGAGCUUGUAUGUGACAGGCGACUGAUCCAGAAAUACGUGGCUGAAGCUGUGGAAAUGGAGGAAACGUUGAGCCAAUGCGAAGAACUUCCUUUGCUUCUGGAACCUGUGCAUUUACCCUUGGUGGGGUUGAGCCUCAGGGUGUGGAAAACAAAGACGAAUGAAGUCAAGACGCAGGAAAUUCACCAAGUGUUGGUCAAACUGAUGGAUGGCAUAGCCGCGGCCCAGCGAUCGAUGAACGAGACCUGCAUCCUGGUACGUCUUCAGCAGCUUUAUGAGAAGGUCAACUUCUUCCUUCUGCACUUAAGAAACUUCCAAGGGCAGGAACACAGCGUAACUACACAGCCAGAAAACGUCCCCAAACUGAUUUCGACGAGGAAUCUUAGGACGAUCUUCUGGACCUACGUACAGCUUUUGCAAGGAAAAUUGAACUUCUUGUUCUAUGACCUCCGGAAAGACUCUUGUGCUGAGGAGGACCAUCCACCUGGAGUUGCCUUUCCUCCUUAGCACACCUUGGUCACAUCUAGCGGGCACUGAAUCAUCCUGCAGGUGGGCUGGC